AUGGAGGAGGCCAUGCGCAGGGAAAUUGAUCGUGUUGACUGCUUGCCCUUUAUUGACGAGGUGGAACGAGCCACACCGCCGAAGCGGUUCACAACGCCGUCCAUCACUCCGUUCAAGGGGGACUUUGACCCCAAGGGCCAUUUGAGGCACUUCAACAGCACCAUGAUCUUGUACAAGGCAGAUGACACCCUGAUGUGCAAGGUGUUCACAAUGACUCUGCGAAGGGCAGCUCAAGACUGGUUCUACACUUUACCGUCCGCAUCGAUAGGAAGCUUCAAAGAGUUCGCCCUCAUUUUCACAAAGGAGUACACCUCCUACCGGAUAGUCAUAAAGCAUGUAGACCACCUGUUCAACGUGCGCAAAAAGCCAGAUGAGUCUCUUAGAGACUAUCUUAAAAGAUUUAAGGCUGAGAAGGCAAAUAUCAUAGGAUGCAAUGACCUAGUUGCGUCAUCAGCUUUCAAGAAGGACUUGCCAACCGAACAUGAGCUAUACCAUGAGUUGGCCAUAACUCCGAGCCAAACCUUGGCAGAAGUCUUCGCGACGGCACAGCACUACGCACUUUGGGACAAUGACCGUAUUGCCACGAAGAAAGCCAGCAAGCAAGCUGACUGCCCAAUAGGCAGGCAAGCCAAAAGAGCAACAAGUUCAAACACAAAACACGGGACAAGCGCAGAUCACGGCCCCAAGAAGGUGGCUCGGAAAUAG